CACAGAGCGAUCCACACCAUACGAUAGCCAAGAAGCCCGCCAGGCAGACUUCAUCCACGUCUCAGAUGACCAUCUCACAGCAGCCGAUGUGAGCAGAGUCACGUUCUGAGGUCCGCCAGCUCGUUGCUUCGCCUCCUUGGCGGCCUUGUCGAUUCUGCAGGCUGGCAUUUAGUGGCCCCAGUGGUCCAAGGUUUUGACCAUGUCCCUGCGCACCUCAUCCUCCUCUUCGAGCAACUCGACGGCAACGAAGAAUAGCGGCAUCCUCGACUCCCUGAUUGCUUCUCUCGUCUCCUCAAACCAAGACUUGACGCUCAGCGAAGCGGAGCUAGACAAGCUCAUCUCCGAUGCGAUUCUUCAGGAGACGAGGGAUCGCAAUGCCGGCGGAAGCGGAAGCGGUACAAAGAGCUCAGCAGGGGAAACGAGUGCGCCUGACCCGAGCAAGGCGGCUUCGACGAACAAGAGCUUUCUGGCUGGGGUUAUCAGAGGUGUAGAGGGACACAAUCGAGCGGUGAUCAAGCGUGGGCUGAGAGAGGCUCUGGAGGGGGAGAAGAGGAGAAGAGGAGAAGCAGUUGGUGAUGCUGGAGGGUAUGAUGAUCAGCCCACGAGGAGGCAAUCUGGCGGCGGUCACAGCAAUCGCUACCCCAGAGAUCUUGACCGACGAGCAACCGGUUCUGCCUCCUCUUCUCGAUCAAUUAGCAAGACUGAGAAGCCCCAGGCAAUCCCCUCGAAGAUGGACAAGUACUUUACCUCGUCCUACGAUCCCUCCCUCGACAUUGCGCCGGAGCACUCUACGAAGACAGUAGAUGGAGAUGGCGGUUGGGGGCUUAUCGAAGAUGGAGGAUGGGAUACGCUGCUGGAUAGAGCGAAGACGAGGGAUGAGGAGGAGAGACGCGAGAUAGAGGAGAGGAGGAAGAGGAGAAAGGCCAGGAGGCAGGAAGAGGACGAGAGGAGCCGCCGAAGAGCCGACAAAGCCAGAGAUAGAGACAGGGACAGAGGUUCGGCUUCUGAACGUAGCCGAGGGCACACAAAGGAACCCUCGUCCCAUCGGCGCCAUCGCGAUCGAUCUGUCUCUCCUCCGAGGUAUCGCUCUCCCCGCCGCGAUCACGAUAGCGAGCAGCGCCAACGUCACAGCCGCCGAGACGCAAGAUCGGAAUCCUGCUCCCCAUCGAGGUCAUCAACUUCAGACCGAGCCCGCAAAAGUCAUCACCGCAUUCACGAUCGGUCUCGCGACGAAGAGGAGGGGCAUCGCAGCAAACACAGCAGGCGCAACAGGUCUGCUUCAAGGUCGCGGAGUGCGUCACCUGAGCGGAGGCGACGCAGCUCUCACCGUCAUCGGUCUAAAGCGGACAAUGAGGAGAAGGAGGCAACUGCAGUGGGCUCUUCGGCGCUCGAUACAAAGUACGCACCGAAAGGUUCGGUGAGAGAGUGGGACUUGGGUAAGAGCCGAUGAGCGGCGCAAGGCGGACAAGUCGAUGGGUAUACAUUCGAUCAGCCACAUCCUUGGAACCCUUUACUGUACAUUAUCAUACCCUCGCUGCUCCGUCGGUCCAUUCUAUUCCACUUCCAACCACUCGAGCACCUCCCUCUGAAACACCU